AUGGUAAAUUUUAAGGUGCUUGGGGAAGAAGUGGCGACUGUCGCGAAGUCGUUUGCCGAGUACGCCGUGGUCCCGGACGUCGUGGCUGUGGCCCCGACCGCCCUACUGAAGGUGACCUAUCCAAGCGGAGUUGAAGUGAAGGAAGGCAAUGAGCUCACUCCAACACAAGUGAAGGACCAGCCCACUGUGUCGUGGGACGCGGAGCAGAAUGCCUUCUACACCGUCGCUAUGACUGAUCCCGAUGCGCCGUCCCGUAAGGAGCCAAAGUACCGCGAAUAUCAGCACUGGCUGGUGGGUAACGUGCCUGGAUCGGAUGUCUCCAAGGGCGACGUUCUAUCCGCAUACGUGGGCGCCGGACCACCGCUGGGCACCGGCUUACACCGAUACGUCUUCCUUGUCUACAAGCAGCCGGACAAGAUUGAAUUUGACGAGAAGCGCCUGACUAACAUCUCCAGAGACGGGCGUGCUACUUUUUCGAUUGCCAAAUUUUCGGAAAAAUACAACCUUGGCAACCCAGUCGCUGGCAACUUCUUUCAGGCACAGUAUGACGACUACGUACCGUUGCGCUACAAGCAACAUGGCGCCUAA